CGUUGAUCUUCUAGCUAUAUAGUAUCUUUGACAGGCCUGCGGAACUCAUAACGCUUACACUGACCCUCCCAUUUUUAUUGUGCGAGUUAAACCAGUGGUGUCGCCGUGCUUAUCGGGAAAUACCUGUUUUCUUGAAAACCUCCAGAAAAGAUGAGCUUCCCAGGUUACGGUCCUCCUUCAGGAUUUGGGCAGUUCGGUGGAGCCCCUGGUGCCCCUGUUAUGGGCGGAUUCCCUGGUCAGGCGCAGGAUCCUCUUUAUGGGUAUUUCUCUGGUGUUGCAGGCCAAGAUGGUCAGAUAUCUGCAGAAGAGCUCCAGCAAUGUCUUACCCAGUCCAACAUCUCUGGAGGUUAUAAACCUUUUAACCUUGAGACAUGUAGGCUGAUGAUCAGCAUGCUGGACAGGGACUUCUCACACACAAUGGGGUUCAAUGAAUUCAAGGAGCUCUGGAGUGUCCUGAAUGCUUGGAAACAGCACUUCAUGUCCAUUGACCAAGAUCGUAGUGGUACCGUGGACCCACAGGAAAUGAACCAAGCCAUAAUCUCCAUGGGUUACAGGCUGAGCAGCCAAGCGAUGAAUACCAUUAUUAAAAGAUACAGCACCCAUGGGAAGAUCUCAUUUGAUGAUUAUGUUGCUUGUUCCAUCAAACUCAAAACUAUGACUGAUUUGUUUAGAAGACGUGAUCAGAGUCAGCAGGGUGUGGCCAGCUUUCAGUAUGAUGAUUUUAUCCAGUGUACCAUGAGCACAUGAGAAGUUGAAAAGAUGACUGAACGGGAAUUUGGACCACACGUCAUGCCAACCCCACACAUAGGACCCAUGACCACUUCUAUUCUAUAUCUCACACUAGUGGGGAGGAGUUUCCAUUUUUAUACCUGAACUUUUUUUUUAAAUAACAUGAGGAACUUCCUUUAAAGUACUACUUUUACCUAAUUUUUUCUAAAUUUCCUUCAUACGGUAGUAUAUAGUCUAUAGCAAGAACCUAUAACAAGGCUAGUAAUUGUAAUUAAAAGAUUAACUGAGCAUGUGUAUAUUGAUGCUAUUAUGAGUUUUUUUACUGACUGUGUUUUGGUUUUAAUCACACAUUUACCCAAAAUUAAUUCUGAUAAUGUAGUUACGUGACAUCAAACAGUGGAGGGAAGACUGCACUGUGCCUAUUGUAAUGUAAUAAAGUGUAUAUAACACACAA